GGAGAGCAAUGCGGUUUCAGUACCGAACUCUCGCAAAAGCGGUGCGGCGGCGCACCGCAAGUAGUAUUUCACCCCCGCCACAGCCGCCGCUCGUCCUCUCGCGAUACUUGGUGCAUUUGUCGUCCCAGUCCGCGGAAAAGUGCGCUUGCCGAUCCCCCUGAUUUCUCACUAUCUCUCUCUUCUUCCCGUUCCCUAAUCUCUGGUUUCAAAAUCACCCGCCUAAAAUUCUCAGUGAUUUUCGAUAAUGCAGGCGCAGGCCUCCCCCUCGUCGUAAUUUUGGCAUUGCGUUCGAUAUCGACGGCGUCAUUUUUCGCAGCACAUCGCCAAUCGGCGGCUCCCCUCAAGCUCUCAAACGCCUCUAAGACGAAGACUUCUGUUAGCGAACAAUGUCAUGUUUCUCGCUUCCGGUUUAUGGCAGACGUUGAUUUCUCCUCUUGUAUGUUGGCAGGUGCCUUAUGGAUCCCUUACGUUUUCCUGACCAAUGGUGGUGGUUUUCGCGAGUCUAUAAGAGCAUUGGAGUUGAGCACACUUUUGGGCAUUAAUGCUUCGUCAUUACAGGUACUACAGGGUCAUACUCCCUUUAUUUUUAUUUUUUUGAAAUUGGUGACCUCAUUAUAUUAAAACUAGAAUUGUGGCCCGCACUCCGCUGCGGAACGCCUAAUUUUGGUGAUUACCAUAUAGUUCCUGUAGGGGUAGUUAAGCAUAGUUUAAUCCUUGAAACAAAUGAUCAUGAAACAAAUAAAGUCCAAAACUGUCAAUCCCUUUCCCUACUGAAUUGUUUCUUAUUCUGCUCGUCAUUGCAUCCCAGCUCAAACAAAUCUCGUAGUUGUUGUCUGCUAAACAGAGAUCACAAUUCAGAAACUCUCAGCAACAUUAGUAGGAGCCAGCAGUGCCUCACCCCCUAAAGGACUCACUAUUGGUGCAAAACAGCCGUUGAUUAAAUCAUAAUUGAUGUUUGGCAAUUCUCAACUGGCUAAUAGCAUAGGGAGAUAUGGC